GCACAUUUCAUUUGUCAUCGGUGUACGGUAAAAUUCAUGAUAUUUUCUCGAAAAAAUUGCACAGGAAUUGCUUUAGUUUGAAGCAAAGGAGGGUAAUCUUUCRUAAUCAUGCGACCAGGAACUGGGAUGCGAGGGCGUGGAAUGCCAUCAAGUUCAAUGGGAAGAGUACCGACAGGGACUGCCCGUCCGGGAUCAAGAGGAGGAGAAUCACUGGCAGGAGAGCAAAAAUGACAGAGUUAAACACAGAAGUGACAAAACUAAGAAAAGAAGUUGACCAAUACAACCAAGAAAACUCCACGUAUCUUACUUAUGAAAAGAAAGCUGAAACCCUUGCUUCAGAAAUCAAAGGUCUUCAAGGAGAACUUGCCGAUUACAACACUCUUGUUGAUAAGUUGAAUACAGACACUGAGAUGGACGACAUCAUUCAAGACUACAAUGCACUUAAGCUUCAAAAUGAAAGAGAACAAAAGUCAAUUGAUGAAAUCUUCACACAACGACAAGAUAAAGAACAACAAAUACAACAGCUGGAGGUGGAACUUGACCAGGAACAUCGCAUGGCUGAAAGUCUUGUCGAAGACAUGCCUCCUGACCAGAAAUCCAAGUAUGUUCACUUGAARAAUAUCAACAAAUCCUUGCAAUCGGACUUGGAACAGAAGCAGCAGGAACUUGAUGCUCUAAACUUGAAGAUAGCAAACCUAGAGGAGGAAGUAUCUUCAUCACCAAUAAAACAGGAAGCAGUGAGUCUGUAUGAGAAACUAAACGAGCUUGAAGACAAGAAAAGCAGCAUUUUAGAUGAAAUGGAGAAAGAAAAUAAGAGUUCGCCAGCAGAGGAGAAAGAAAGACUUCUUAAACAGGUCAAAGAAGACAACCAAGAGAUAGCAAGCAUGGAUCGAAGGAUUGGUGAGCUAAGAGAAAAAAUAGAAUCUUUAAAUUCUGAGAUUCAACAACUUGAUAUGGACUUAGAGGAACAUCAAGGAGAAAGAAAUCUAAAAUAUAAAGAGCUGAAGAAGAGAGAAGAAUCCAUGCAGGAAUUUCUUGAAACAUUUGAAGAAAAUAAAACUAACGAACUGAGUCGUAAGAAGGAGUUGGAAAGCAAUGUUGUAGGAUUACUUGAGAAAAUGAGUAGAGGGAUGGUACGUACUAAACACAUGCCUACAGUAGGUGAACUCAAGCAGAUGCAGGAUGAUCUGUCAUUCAAAGAAAACGAAAUGCAAAAGUCACAMGCCACUGCUUCAUCGCUUGCUUCUGAACAUGCUCGCCUGCAAAUGGACUUAGAGAAAGUUGAACAGGUAAUACUUUAGUCAAAGAAAAAAAGA